UUCCCUCUACUUCUCGAAAUGCAGUAUGUAGCCCCCUCUAAAUCAAAAUUUGAUGACCGGUGUAGGAACUGAACAAAACUGGAAUGGCACCGACAACAGAGUCCAGGCUGAAUGUGGACACCCUUAGUAAGCAGGAUUUGCUGAUGCUCUUCAGUGUGCUGGAAGGAGAGCUGGAGGCUCGAGAUCUUGUCAUCCAGGCCCUCAGGGCCCAGCGGAGGGACGCGUAUGUAUGGGAGCGUUACGGAAGGUACGACCUCAGCGAUCCAUUCCUCGCCCUACAGAGGGAUGGCGAGGUGCUCCAAGGCUCCGGUCAGGCAAGGGGAGCUGGGGCAAGUGCACCCCAGAAAUGGGAGAGUGCACGUGGGGCUGCUGGGCGCUCUGAUCCCUUGGCCAUGCUCAGGCUGGUGGUGGGACACUGCAGGAGGAUGCAGGAGAAGAUGUUGAAGCAGCUAGCGGCCGCCGAGAGCAGGCACAGAAGGGUUAUUGCAGAUUUAGAGGAAGAGAAGAGAAGGCAUGCUGAGGAUACAGCUGAGGGAGAUGAUGUCACUUGUAUUUUAGAGAAGGAGCGAGAGCGCCUCCUACAGCAGCUGGAAUUUGAGCGUACAAAAGUGUCGCGCAUGGAGAAGGAGAACCGGCGCCUGCAUGAGCAGCUGGAAGACGAGCGUGGGCAACAGAAGCAACUGCUGUUGGCUCUGGGGCGUGAGUGCAAGCGCUCAGCCUCGCGUGCCCACCAGGAGGCACAGCGCGCUGCUGAGCUCAGCCGGCGGCUGGAACGGGAGCGCGCUGCCACUCAGGCCCUGCAGGCUGAGCUGGUUGAAGAGAGGAGGUGUGGCAUGCAGAUGGAGGCGCAGAGGGAGGAGCUGCUUGCCGAGUUCGACACGGAGCGCGAGCAGCUGGCGCUGCGGUUCAGGAGGGAGGAGGCACGCAGCGGCCGCCUCCAGGAAGAACUAGAGAAGCUGAGGGAGGAGGUGCCAAGGCUUAUGGGGGAGGAGGGAAGGGCAGAGUCAGGCAGGCUGGGGGGCGAUGAUGCUGUGGCGGGGUUUGGGGAGACACCAGGUCCAAGCCAGGUGAAGGUGAACGGCCACUGCACUACUGUAGUAGAUGGAGGGAGUGGCGAGAAGCGGGAGGAAGAAAUUGGGGAGGGAAACAAAGCUUCUCUUCCUGCCUUUAGUCCCGGCCACAGUGCACUGACCAAUGGGAGCUCGCCAUUGCUUGCUAAUCAGAUUACUGAUAGCCUAUCAUGCUGCAGCCCAGGCUCCUCCUCCCCAAACCCACAGUCUGCCUACCAGGCUGGCAUCCACCAACGUUUCCAUGCGGCACGCCACAAGUUCCAGUCCACUGCAGAGCAAGACCCGCAGUCUGGCGUUCAUCUUCCCUGCUCCCCACGUGACCUUUCCCUUUACACUAUACCAGCCCCUCCACCAGAGGGGAGCACCUCCAAACAGGCAGCCCGCAACACUGUUACACAGGCCCUGAGUCGCUUCAGCUCCCAUCAAGGCCCCAGCAAAGCAGCCACCUCCAACAGCUCAGGCUUCGGCACAGACUACCGCACCAUGGCCCCACCCGGAGCCCUCUCUCCAGGAGUUCGCUCCCCAACUAUCCCCAGAGCAGAGAGGGGCAACCCACCUCCUAUCCCACCUAAGAAACCAGGUCUGGCUGAGACCCCGCCCUCCCCAGCCACCCUCCGAGCAGCCCCUUUGGCUCAGAUGUCAGCCAACUGUGGCCAUAAAACUACGUCUGAUAACACCAAAGAGCCAGACCUGUUGAUGUCCUCCAGUGGCUAGCUAACAGCUUGACAGUGCAAACUUCAUGCCAUGAUAAUAUAAUAACACAUAAAUAUGUCCAUUUGACACAGACUGCUGAUCUUCUGUGUGUUGGUACUUUGGGACUCUUCCCAACAUUAACAGACUGAAAACUUUAAGAUAUUGUUGAGCUUUUUUGUCAGCGUGAACAUUCUUCACCUUACCAUUUACUAUGUUUUUUUGCAUAUGAUUUUGAGUCAAAGGCUUGUAUGUUUUAUAAGGUCCUCUAUGAGUAACCCGUUUAUCAGUUCUUCUUAAAGCUCAGCUUAAUAGCACAACUUUUUUAUGAACAAAGUUGAAUAUUUAUAACUGGAUAUUACCCCUGCCCAAAUGUUUUUUAGUUUAUACACUGUAAUGUUUGUAACAGAUUGCAUGUGUGGACAGACAUGCUUUUUCACAACAUUUUUGCAUAAGUGUAUCUAUGAAAUAUUAAUUGCCAACUAUUAACUCUCAAGUUCUCCUUCAGUUUUUCUUUCAGUGCUUUAAAUAUUAGAUUACAUGAUGAUGCAUGACUUUACUAUCAUAUUUGAUUAGGUUAAUCUCAGAGAUUUAUUCAUAUUAGUGUAUUAUUUUUGUGAUACACUUUGCUGGUAGUGGUUUAAUCUUUUCACUGGUCGCACAAUAUUCUUUAAUAUCAGUGCUUGUAUUAAUUGUAUAUGAGUUAUAAAAAAAAUUAUAUUUAGUACUCCUCUGCAUAUUAAAUAGACCUACUCCGUCACGCCCUUGGGAAAGAAUGGGGGAUAUGACUGGAUUCUGUGCAGCAGAAUGUGCUUUUCUGAGCAUAUCACAGAUGUCAUAUUUAGGAUAAUUCCAUGUCCCAUUAAAAAAAAGAUUUAGACAAAAAACAGUGGAAUGAUACAUGUCAAACAUGCAUACUGGUAAGUAGCUGAUUGGUUGUUAGUCUGUUAUGCCAGAAUCUUUUUUAACUACCAUUUUAUAUUAUCUCCUUCUCUUUUAUAAAUAGUUUAUUUUUGUAACAUUAAAUAAAAAGGUAAUAGUUUUACACAGA